AUGGCGCAUGCAAAACGAGCGCACAGCAUCACAGCCAUCCACGCCAUUGAGGACCACCAAAAAUUCCUGCAGACAGCUCCGUUGUCUCGCUGCUAUCCCAGUCGCACCCAUGCAUGCACUCCUAGUCCGAGCCAUGGCCUAAGUGAUCAAACUUCUAGCUCGUUCCCUUUCUGUCGCAGUAUAUCUGAUCAGUUCAUCAUUGCAAAUAUCCAUCCCAACGAUAUCCGCCUCUGCACUCCUGCCCGGGCCACAUGGAUCGGCAGGUGUACUUGCCACAACAACGGGCCGGCCCACCAUGAAAUGCAGCGAUAUUUGGGGGUCGUGUUUGCCCUCCCAUCACCAGGAGUUUGCCAUCUCCUCGCCGCAGCCAGUAUAACCCGCAGCGAUGAGGCCAAGCAUGGCGAUGCUCAUCACUGCGCGAGCGCUACAGGCACGGCAGCCGGUGGCCCAGGGCCAGAUGGUGACGAUUACAAUCCCCGGACGCCCUCAGUACGCAACCGAGCAUCAUUGUUUCCUCGGCUUACCUGGCGGUGA